AUGCAAACGUCACUCUUCGUUUCUUUCACGUGUAUUGUUUGUUGUCUCUCUGCAGUGUGUGCAUUUAGUGUGACUGUUGGGACUCCAACCCAAUGUGAUGAUCUCAACAUUUCAUGGACUGGUGGGCAAGCACCAUUUGAGAUACUCUUGACUCCCACUUUUGAAAUGCUCCAGAAUAUAUCUGUGCCAGCAUCAGCCUUCAGUAAUGGCAAAGGUUCAUAUUUAAUACCGCAAUUAUCGCUUGCGAGUGGAAUAACGUUCCUACUCACUAUGUCUGACGCCACCGCAUUUGGUUUGGGUGGGACGACAAACGUCCUAACUGUUGGGGCUCCUGUUGCAAAUAACAAUUGCAACACUACAGUUUCAUCACCUCCUUACACGUUUGAAUUGUCGCCGCAACCACUCCAGCAAUGUAGCCAAUUUACUGUCUCGGGCUAUAGUGGUGCAGUCCUACCCGUCACUAUUGUGGGACUUAUUCCUGGCGGGCAAUCACUCGUAUUCAAUUCUGUGACUAGCUCCAGUUAUACCUCGGUUAUGGAUGUUAGCGCAGAGUCGACUCUCGUGUUCUUUAUUAUAGACUCUCAGGGUAGACAAGGUGGUGCCUCUGAUCUCCAACCGGUCUCGGGGUCGAGCAAUUCCUCGUGCCUCGGCGCCAAUUCGCCGUCAUCUACUGCAGGUGGCAUAUCGCCCACGGCUUCACCAACAUCUGACCCGAGUGCUUCGUCAGGGACGGCUUCAUCAACAUCCAGUCCAAGCACUUCAUCAGGCAGCAAUGUCGCUCUUAUCGCCGGCACAGCAAGUGGCGGCGCGGUAGUCAUUGUUGCAUUAGUCAUCCUCGGUAUGUUCUUGUUGCGUAAACGAAGAGCGUCUCGUUCCCCA